AUGAACGCUACCGCCUCCGCCGGCGAUGCAGGCAAUGCGACUGCUUCUGCAGUUCCGCAAAUCCCGCCUGAGAUUAUCGCAUCCAUCGUGGAGGGGUAUGCCAAUGGGAUACGUACACCGCUCGGCUUCGUGCUCAUCGGGACAAUAUUCGGGUCGAUGCUCGUUCCUAUUCUCAUCUGUCUCUUCUAUUUUUCCACCUCCACUACACGACGUCAGUCAGUGUUCAUUAUGAAUGUUAUCAUGAUUCUAUUCGGCAUUACCAUAGCGAUCUGGAAUAAUCAGAUCGUGCUCUUAGGCAUUUUGCGCACCACAAAACCGGUCAGCUCGGUCGACAUCUCCGCAUUCACAGUCGUCUUUGGUAUUGCGCCAUGGUUUGCAGACCUUGUGCUUGCUCUCCGACUCCUAGUUGUCUUUCCACCUUCGCAGACACCCAAGGCGAAGCUGGCUGCGGUCUUCGCUUUCCCGAUCACCGUGAAGAUCGUCCGCCUAUCCUGUGUGAUUGCGUACUACCAUACGUGGGAUAAGGAGACAGAGCACGCAGGCUCUGCCUUGCAAGCCGCCGAGACCGUGGACUACAGGCAUUCACCGUACACCAAGGUGGAGUGGUUCCUGCAAAUAUUUGACAACUUCUACCUGUCUGCUCUUUUCAUCUUGAGGCUAUACCGCAGCCAGAUCUUCAACGCCAUGUCUGGGCGCCGCCCGAAUGACCAAAACCGUUUCGCGCAAUCCUCGUCGAACUCGCUCAGCUCCCGUCUUAAGUUCUUAUUUUGGAUCGCACUUGGUAACUUUGUCUUCCCUGUUAUCUUCAAUAUUAUUCUCAUCAUCGAUCUUUACACUGAUCCCAACUACAUCGUCAAUACUAUAUUCCUUCUUUUCACCAAUUACUACGUUUCGAUCAUCGGCGUAGUAUUUGCCACAGUGUGGAGCUCGAGCUCGAGCUACAAGCAGCAACGGGAUGCAGCAGCGUCCAGCAACCCUUUGCAAGGCUCAUGGCGACCGAAUCCGAACGUGCGCACCAACGAGACGUUGAACUCUCCUGCCAUUAGCUCAAGCGUUCAACCACAAGUAUUCUCGCCAGUAUGCAAGAAUGAAGAUUGGGAAUCGGGACGAGGAUCCAAAGGAGAAGAAAUCCCACUCGCAGUGUUUGUGGAAAAGACGCACAAGGGUGAUUUAUAA